AUGGGCAGCUCCAGCGUGUCUGCAAAUGCCUCCCAUGGAGACGAUGGCUUGACGAACGGAUUCCAUCCCGGAAACUGCUUCCCGGAGACGUCUGAGAGCUACCCUUAUCGAAAAGCAGUGGGGGAGAUCAUCAGUUGCAAAGGUAGGAAAAUAUCAUAGUAUCUUCGAUACUCCUUCCUCGCUUCUCUUCCAAACCAGUCGGUCUGCAUUGUGUAGCUGCGGUAGUGUGGGGCCCCGGAGAGCCAUUCGUGAUCGAAGAGAUUGAGGUCGACCCCCCACAGAAGAUGGAAGUUCGCGUCCGAAUUCUCUUCACUUCCAUUUGCCACACCGAUCUCAGCGCCUGGAAAGGAGAGGUAUAGAGCCUUAUUCGAGCGAAGCACAUUCUGCGCUGCGGGACUAAGUUACGCGUUGCAUCGGAAUUCUAAAGUUCUUAUGUUUCAUAUCGACAGAACGAAGCCCAGCGCGUCUAUCCCCGAAUACUGGGCCACGAGGCAUCUGGGUACGCUUGCUCGUCUCUUCUAACUUCACCAUCUGUCCUCUGUCCCUCUGUAUCUCGCUCGCUCCAUCUGUUUAUCUUUCCAUGAGUAAAUCGUUGAUCCACCGGUAUGUAGGGUGGUGGAGAGCGUCGGAGAAGGGGUGACGGACCUGAGGGAGGGCGACCACGUUGUUCCCAUCUUUGCCGGCGAGUGCGACAAGUGCACGUACUGCAAGUCCAAGAAGACCAACUUCUGCGAGACGUACCGAGUGAACCCGUUCAAGAGCACCAUGAUUGGGGACGGGAAGACGAGGUUCUUCACCGCCUCCCAACGGCAGCCGAUCUACCACUUCCUCAACACCUCUACCUUCAGCGAGUACACCGUGCUCGACUCGGCCUGCGUCGUCAAGAUACAUCCCAACGCUCCCCUGCACAAGAUGUGCCUCCUCAGCUGCGGUGUCUCCACUGGUAUCCAUCCUGAGGAACCUAAUGGGGACAAUCCAAGGACAAGGAAGCUGAUGAGGUGACGAUUUUGAUCAGAAAUUAUCGUCAUCGCGCAGGGGUCGGAGCAGUGUGGAACACAGCAGACGUGGAGGAGGGGUCAACGGUGGCAGUAUUUGGAUUGGGCGCCGUAGGACUUGCGGUUAGAAUCUUCUUCCUUUCGGUUUUCUCCCCAGACUGUCAGAUAUUCAAGAAAACCUGCCCACUUGAUGAUACACCACGUAGAUCUCUGACGUCUUCAAAUCAACUCCACUUGAUGAUACUUAGGCGCCUCUUCCUCUGUCUACAGGUUGUAGAGGGGGCCCGGGUGCGAGGAGCCUCUCGGAUCAUAGGGGUCGACACCAACUCAGAGAAAUCCACCAAAGGUAACUCAAUCAAACUGUGGGCGAAGUUCGGAAGCAGCGCUUUUCUGACUACGGAGACCGCUGACAAUCGUUUGACAUCUGUCUCCGAACCGCAGCGAAGGAGAUGGGAGUCACCGAGUUCGUCAACCCCAGAGAGCACUCCAAGCCCCUGCACGAGGUAAACCCAUGGGGAUUCAAACCUUGACAUAAGCUGGACCGGUUUUGUUUUAAAAUUCUUUCGAUUUAUUCAUAUAUGCUUUACUGGCCCGCCAUGGAAGGCUAGAGGUUAACCACUGCCAUUAACGUCAAGGGACGACCACGACAUUGCAGUAAAAACUAGGGCAACUGAUAGUGUGCCGGCUCGUCAUUUUUCCUUAAUGUUUUCUGCAUGGCGGCCAACACGACAUGUCUGAGAUCCCAAAGAAUUGAGCCGUUGACGCGACCCAUGGCCGUGCAGAUGUUAAAUAGCAUGACGGAAGGCGGCGUUGACUACAGCUUUGAGUGUGUCGGUAGCGUGGACGUCCUCCGGGAGGCCUUCUUAUCGACCCACGAUGUAAGCUUGAAAGUCCCUCCUUUUCUGGCUCGCCAAGGGGGGUGGUCACCUAAAUAACCGAGUGUUGGGGUCGGCGUUUUGCAGGGCUGGGGGGUAUGUGUGGUGCUGGGGAUCCAUCAGUCUCCUCGGCUACUUCCGAUGCACCCCAUGGAGCUGUUCAACGGCAGGAGGAUCGUCGGAUCCGUCUUCGGCGACGUGAAGGGGAAGACCCAGCUGCCGGACAUGGUCCGCAAGUGCAUGGACGGGGUUAGCUCCUUCUCUUCGUCAUGUCUUACACUAAUCACCAGUUUUGACAACGGGGGACCUCUCUCUCUCUCCCCCUAUAAGAAAAAUUGUGUAUAUAUAUAUUUUUCGCUUAUCGGGUUUCUUUUCUGUCUGCUUCAGGUCCUAAAGGUGGAUAGGCUGAUAACCCACGAGCUACGCUUCGAGGAGAUUAACACUGCGCUGCAAUUGCUAAAGGAGGGGAAGUCACUGCGGUGCGUGCUUCGCCUGUGA